UACAACUUUCUUUUUCUGUCAACCAAACUGAAAAUUUCGUCAAAAUGUGUGUUGGUCUCUUGUGUAGCCGCUUUUAACAACAGUAACCUUAAUUCUGUAAUAUACUGGCACAUGUGCAAGUUAAUUAAUUAGUACUUACCAAAAAAGCACUUGAGGAGUCGUCAGUCCCAGUUGCAAGAUAAAUUUAAGUGAAAAAUGGGUAAUGUACACGCUUAUUCUGCUACUCCUCCUCCGCCGCCACCAACUAGUACGAGUUUUCCAAAGGGAAAGGAAUGUGAUAACAAAACUACAAAGCCCUCUGAAAAUGUAAUUGAAAAUCCAGGCCCAUUGGAAGAAAUCCAUACUAAAUGUAAAAAUGUAUUUCCUACAUGUUUUGAAGGAGCGAGAGUUAUGCUUACGAGAGGUCUUAGUAAUCAUUUUCAAAUCUCACACACAAUUAACAUGAGUUCUGUAACACCAAGCGGAUAUAGAUUUGGUGCGACUUAUGUAGGCACGAAACAAAUUUCACCUAGUGAAGCAUAUCCAAUUCUGCUAGGAGAUAUUGAUCCCUCAGGAAAUUUAAACGCGACAAUAAUUCAUCAAAUACAUUCUAGAAUACAAACCAAAUUUGGAGCGCAGAUUCAAAACUCCAAAUUUCAAGUAGGACAGUUAACAAUGAAUUAUAAAGGUCACGAUUACACUGCCAGUUGUACUGUAGCAAAUCCUGAUAUUAUUUCUGGUUCAGGAGUUCUCGUACUUCAUUAUUUACAAGCUGUUACUUCUAGAUUAGCAUUAGGAUCUGAACUUGCCUAUCAGAAGGGACCUGGGAUUCCAGGUGGCGAAAUCGCUCUUCUCAGUGCGGCAGCAAAGUAUACAACUGAAAAUGUACAAGUUUCGGGCACCGUUGGCGUGUCGGGUGUUCAUUUAUGCUAUUAUCAGAAAGCCAGUAAACAACUACAAAUCGGUGUUGAGUUAGAAGCGAACCACAGAAUGCAAGAGUCUGUAGCGUCUAUUGGUUAUCAAGUUGAUUUACCUAAAAGUGAGGUAGUGUUUAAAGGUCACGUGGAUACCAACUGGACAGUGGGAGCAGUUCUAGAGAAAAAGUUGAGUCCUUUGCCUUUUACUUUAGCGCUUAGCGGACUCAUGAAUCACAGUAAAAAUCAGUUUAGGCUCGGUGUCGGUAUACUUAUCGGAUAAAAGCCGCGACGUGAUUGUACGAAUUAGUCUAAAAAAAAAUUCAUCGUUGGACCUAUCUGCAAUUGAAGUUUAACGAAGCAAUUCUUUCACAUUUUUUUCAAUUAUAUUUUGCAGCUCCCUAACAGCAAGACAUCUUUACGAUCUUAUGUAUAUAUUUUUAUCCAUGUAAGAGAGGUUCAAAAUAAAUGUUUAUUAUUUUUAA